AUGGCCAACGCUGUACAUGCAUUGGCGCCUUACUACUGCAUCACGCAGGCUCGUUGUAGAUUGUGUCAGUUUAUAUUGGCGGAUGAUGAGCUAAUUGUUGCUGCGGUUGGCGAUGAUCGAGUUUCCUGCGAAUUUUCAUUUGGUCGAUACACAACCUUCUACGAUGAUGAACUCAAUAUUAAGCUGCAUAUGUGUCUCGUGGGCGAAUGCCCAUUGCGUACCAAGGCGACAGUAUGCUUUCACGCCCGUUGCCACGAAUCCCGCUUCUACUCGAUAACUCCGGCAUUUCUAGCCGCUACACACUACACUUAUUCUCUGUCAUUGAGCGAGGAGCGACGACGAGCCCGCUAUAUUCAACAAGCUCUUGCAUACAAUCUGCAACACGCAGGACUCUGGCCCCGAGAGCUUCCCACAGAGCUGUGGACUAUGGUCGCUGGUCUUCUUCUGGAAGAUUGCGCCGCUCUUACAGCGCAAGAGCAGCUGCACGGGUGCGACAGCGCUGAAGAAUAUACACUCGAUCUAACACAACAUGUAUACGCAUCGUAUGUGAAGAUGGACGGUCAAUCAUAUGUCAAGAACCUCCGGAACACGGCCAGGACCGACGUCAAGGGAGAAAGCCAUAUUAUACUGCUAACCCCUGGCAUAUACGCGGAGGAGAAUGAAGGCAAGGAUAUGUUCGUGGCCGAGGACCAUCUCGGUAUUCGUCAAAUCGUCUUUGUCUCGCGCAAGCACUGCGACGAAUUGUGUCGUAGUCACUCGAGCGCGCCAGGCGCGUGGUAG